GUGGCUUUGGACAAAAUAAUGUUUAUAAGUUUAAAAAGUAUAUAAACAUUGAGCUGGCUUGGUCGGUUUGAAUAUCAUUUGUUUUAUACUAAAAUUCGCCAUGGUUUUAUUAAGUUAACUAUAUUUUUUUAAUGUGUUUUAUUGCCGGUAAAAAUCCCUCCAGUUAAGCUAGCUAACGUUAACGUGACGCUGUCUUUUCAGACAGAGCAUGCGCAGUGUGGCCACAGGAGAUGACCCUUCUACUCUAUUGUCAUAAAUGCAGGUUAAUGCUGAUGAGGAAUAAACCUGCUGUUACCACACACCUGACCAGCUCAGGACUUGACAGACCCGAUGAUGAGGAUCAGGUGAUAUGAUUGAAAGACUCCAGAACAUCUACUAAAUGGAUCCAUCGAGUUUCGUGUCUCCACAAGUUCGCCGGCCUCUCUCUCUCUCUGUCUCUCCCGUUCAUCUUCCCCUCUCGUCAAAGACACGUUAAACCUCAGCCAAAAUGGAGGCCAUCAAGAAGAAGAUGCUUAUGCUGAAGUUGGACAAGGAGAACGCACUGGACCAGGCCGAACAGGCUGAAGCAGACAAGAAAGCAGCUGAAGAGCGAAGCAAGCAGCAUGAAGACGAGCUCCUGCAGAUGCAGAAGAAGCUGAAGGGGACGGAGGACGAGCUGGAUAAAUACUCGGAGGCCCUGAAGGACGCUCAGGAGAAGCUGGAGGUGGCCGAUAAAAAGGCGGCUGACGCUGAAGCAGAGGUGGCUUCCCUGAACAGACGUAUCCAGCUGGUGGAGGAGGAGCUGGACCGAGCUCAGGAGAGACUGGCGACGGCUCUGCAGAAGCUGGAGGAGGCUGAGAAGGCUGCAGACGAGAGCGAGAGAGGGAUGAAGGUGAUUGAGAACAGGGCUCUGAAGGAUGAGGAGAAGAUGGAGCUGCAGGAGAUCCAGCUGAAGGAGGCGAAACACAUCGCAGAGGAGGCCGACCGCAAGUACGAGGAGGUGGCUCGUAAGCUGGUGAUUGUAGAAGGAGAGCUGGAGCGUACGGAGGAGAGGGCGGAGCUGGCUGAGGCUAAAUGUGCUGAACUGGAGGAGGAACUGAAGAACGUCACCAAUAACCUGAAGUCUCUGGAGGCCCAGGCUGAGAAGUACUCUCAAAAGGAGGACAAGUAUGAGGAAGAGAUCAAGAUCCUGACCGACAAGCUGAAAGAGGCUGAGACCAGAGCUGAGUUUGCUGAGAGAUCUGUGGCCAAGCUGGAGAAGACUAUUGAUGAUCUGGAAGAUGAGCUCUAUGCACAGAAACUCAAGUACAAAGCCAUCAGUGAGGAACUGGACCACGCCCUCAAUGACAUGACCUCUAUCUGAACGUCCUGAGGUUCCACCGCCCGGUCCGGCUGUGGUUUCGAGACUCAGCCUUUUACUGCUUCACCCCCCCACCCCCCCACCCCAGUCCACCACCCCCCCACCUGUCUGAGCCUGUCGUACUCUGUUUUUAGUUCUUCGUCAGUGUCUCUGUUGAAACUGAAUCUUCAUUGUUCACUGUAUGUUUUCUGUGGAAGGAUGAUUCUUGUCUGGUUCUGGUCUUCACUGUUCUUCUGUAUCAGUUCUGUUCUGUGUUAAACAGAAGAAACGCUUCAGUUAAUGCA